AUGCACUUUCCAUUAUAUCAUUUUUUUUUUCAAUUUUGCAUAUUUCUACUGUUUGCCAGGCAAUAUCUUCCUUUUUCUUUUUCUUUCUUUGCACACUAUCAGCAUUUGAUUUCUUUCUCUGUCUAUAACUUUUCAUCUGCUUUUGUUUUUCUGAUUCCUGAAAUUCUCUCUCUCUCUCUCUCUCUCUCUCUCUCUCUCUCUCUCUCUCUCUUUCUUUGGCUUUCCUCACUUGUCUGUUGCAGAUGUCAUCGUUAUAUAUUCUUCCCUUUUCUCAUCAAUCCUUGUCUACUUUAUUUCUCUUUUUUCCUGACUUCAUUUCCUUCUAUUUUGUAUACCAUUUUCCAUCAUGUCUGCUUUAUUUCUCUCUUUUCGUUUUCUUUACUUAUGUCCUACUUUUCCCAUUUUUCUUUUCUUUCUUUCUUCCUUCUCUCUUCAAUUUACCUUUUCCUUUUUAUUUCUCUGUUUCUUACCUGUAUCCAGUUUUCUUAUUUAUUGCUUCUGUUUCGUUUUCUUUAUUUUAUAUUUGAAAUUAUAUUUAUUUUUAUAAUUGUUUCUUCUUUUCUUCGUGAUUUUUCUUUUCUUUUCCUUCUUUUUCCUGCCACUUCCCUUUUUUCCUUCUUGCAGCCAUUUCUACCAUUCGACUUUCACCACCUUUCUCUCUUGGGGACUGUUGGCAUAUCAACAAAAGUGGUCAGCCCUGCUGGCCGUAGAGAUUCGGCCGACGGUAACCAGACCAAUUCCUCCCUUUCCAGCUUCAUUAAAUCUUUUUCUGUCUCAGACGGCCACUGUAAUACCUUACGUCUUCAAGCAAUCAGAAAAACCUAUUCCCCUGAUCAUUGCUUCAGCCAAAAACCAUUUCCUCUUGCCGUACAUACUUGCCAACCUUCUUUCAGCUAA